AUUACAUCCAUGUCCAGAAUUGCAGACAGUAUUUCCAAGUUAGCGGUUCCUGUUGGCGUGGCCAUUAUGGCCGCACAGUACUCGUUGUAUGACGUCAAGGGCGGACAAAGAGCAGUCAUUUUCGACAGGUUCUCCGGAGUCAAGCCGCAAGUCGUUGGCGAAGGACUGAACUUUGUUGUCCCUUGGCUCCAAAGACCAAUCAUUUACGACGUCAGAACCAAGCCAAGAACCAUUACCACCACCACGGGGUCCAAGGACUUGCAGACCGUCUCGUUGACUCUGAGAGUGUUGCAUCGUCCAGACGUGAAGAACCUCCCACAAAUUUACCAGAACCUGGGGCUGGACUAUGACGAGCGUGUGCUUCCAUCGAUUGGAAACGAGGUUCUCAAGAGUAUUGUUGCUCAGUUCAACGCUGCAGAGCUCAUCACCAUGAGAGAGACCGUGUCCUCCCGUAUCAGGAGCGAGCUCGAGCAGAGAGCCAAGGAGUUCCAGAUCAAGCUCGAGGACGUCUCCAUCACCCAUAUGACGUUUGGCCGCGAGUUCACCAAAGCCGUCGAGCAGAAGCAGAUUGCGCAACAGGACGCCGAAAGAGCCACUUACUUGGUUGAGAAGGCGGAGCAGGAGAGACGUGCUGCUGUUAUACGCGCCGAGGGAGAGGCCGAGGCAGCAGAAAACGUCUCGAAGGCCCUUAACAAGGCAGGCGACGGCCUUUUGCUGAUCAGAAGACUUGAGGCGUCCAAGGAGAUAGCCCAGACUCUGAGCCAGUCUCCAAACGUCACGUACCUGCCUAACGGCUCGCAGAGCGGCAGCGAAUCUGCUCCGACCAGCCAGUCUCUGCUUUUGAACCUUGGCCGUUAGCUGGUUCUCAGACUUUGUAAAUAGAUUAUGACAUAAUUAUUGUCGUAUUUAUCAUCUUGACUUAAUUAAUAUUACAAGUUAAAAGCCAAAGUCGAAAGCAGACAUGUCCGGUUCCUGAAACUCGGAAGGUGGCGGCGGCAGCACCUCUUUGCCCGUGGAGGGUUCAAUUAUCUCUUUUGUCUCAGAGAACUCCCAAUGCUCUACCAGAUGGAGCGACAGAUAGUCGCACCCCAUUUUCUGGUACAUGAGCGCGGCAGCCAGCACAAAGUCGUAUUCUGCACGCACGUCGAGGGCCAGUGCCCCACGCAAGUACUCUACGCGUUUGGUGCGCAAACUGUCGUACAUGGCCAGCAGCACUGGGUCCUCGUAGUCCAUCUUCACUGGUAGCGCAGCCUCCUGCGACGCGUCGAUCGCGUCGAACUUGGCCACGUCCAGCAGAAUGUCGCGGACCGGCUUGAUGAGCGCCUGGAUGGCCAGCGCGCGGUCGCUGAGGAUCCAGAAACACCAGCUGGCAGUCCACCGGUCGUUAUUUCGGAGUGCUCUCGGGAGUAGGUAUCUGAGCACGAGAUCUUUCAUGACCGGUCCAUGAUCGCCUUUUUCGUAGCAGCGAGCCACAGCAAUGGCGAGUCCCGGAUCUUUGAGCUUGCUGAUGAUCACGUUGACGCAAUCCUUGAGCGAGCCGGCCAGCAGGAAGAAAUACGCCGCAUCCACGUGGCGGUGUUUUCCCAGCAGCACAAAAGCGUUCUUUUUCGCUGCCGACCGCCAGCGGUCCUGUUUAAAAUCGUUUCCCAGGAACUUGAUCAUCUUCUGCUGCUCUGGAUGGCCAAUGGCCGUCCGCCAGAGUCCCAGAAGCACGUUUUUCUUGUGCAGAGCCAGAAAAUGCAAAGAGCACACGCUCGGGUCUUUGUACCGUCCCGAGUCCUGUGUCUUGAAAAAUUCGGUUCUUGCGACGGUCUCAAGCACCUCAGCCAGUCUGGUGUGCUCCAUCCAGUAUGCAAGAGCAUAUUUCGAGAACUCGGCCGCGCCAAUCUGCACCGCGCUGUUUUCGCUGAUGAUGUCGAAGAGCAGGUCUUUGUUUUCGCUGUGCAGUGCAAAAGUCACGUCCCGCAUGGUGAUGGUACGGAACUGCGCGUGCUUAGUCUCGUUGAGCUGGAAUAGUUUCAUACCGAGAUAGAACCGAAGUCCAUUGGCGUCCAGAACAGACGAGUAUUUUUCUGCUAUGUCUGCCAGUAUCUGGAUAGUCGACGCGAGCGUGAUCUGCUGGUGGCCCGUCAGAAACGGCAACUUGUACUUGGCCAGCCGCUCGACGAUCGUGUUGCACGUUUGCCGCGUCACGGCGACGUCGUCUGCCCUGGACGCCCCGACGAUGUCGUGCUCCGGCGUCUCGAAGCCGAGCUUGGGGUCGAUGCUUGACGCCGUGCCGAGCUCCAGCGCACGAAGAGCGUUGGAAAAAUGCAUAACCAGCUUUUCGAUGCCCCCAAAGCCGCUGUAGAGCAGCGUCUGGAUCAGAAACUGCGGGUGAUACAGCGGCAACGGGCCGUUCAACGCAGCACACAGCUGAAACACGUCGUUCGAGACGAUCUCGAGCGUGCCCAUGGCCCGCGCGGUGAUGUAGUCGUGCUGCGGGUCCAGCGUCUUGUCGCUGAUGUAGAACUGGUUGCCCGAGCCGAUCACAAGCAGCCCGUCCGCGAGCCACACAGAGUCGCCGAUAUGGUGCCGGGUUUGGUGUGAGAUGUCCACUUUUUUGAUCUUGGUGUAAGUGGGGGUGUCGUUUGUGUAGUCGUAGCGAAGCUGUGUGUACAGAAGCGAGUGCGAGUCGAACCCAAUGGCCAGAAUGCCCUGUGAGAAUGCUGUGCAUGUCCAGUCGAUAUCCCUGAUCUUCUCGGCCUCAAAAGUCUCCGAGUACUCCAGCGUACCAAGUCGCGUGUCCCAGAUGUGCAGCUGGUCGCGACUUUCGUUGACGACGGCGAGCCGGUGGAUCGACGAGCCGUUCAAAAACGUCGCGUUGGCGAUCCCCGUGGAAAACGUCUUUUUCUGCUCCCAGGUAAUGCGGCCGUUCUGGACGCGAGUCGAGUACACCGCCACGUCGCCAUUUGCCUGAAUCGUCGUGAGCACGUCGCGCUGCAGAUUCGUGCCGAUCGCCGCGUUCCACCCGACAGGGUCGACGUACGACGCCAUGUGGACGGCCUCCAGCUGGUCGACUGUGUACGGGAGUAUUUUGCAGCGGCCCUGUUCCAGUCGGAGCUCCCACGCAUCGCAUUGGCCGUCCGCGUACACCGCUACGGCGUGAGCGACGUCGCUCUCAAGCUCGGGGACCAGGAAAAAACAGCACAGUCUAUCCUGCGGCUGGAUUUUCAGAGACCCAGCCACGGGAGCCAGCUUGGCGAUCUCUGCCUGGUACUGCGACUGCAGACGGCAGUCAAAGCAGACCAGCUCGUCUGCCAGAUACACAAUCACGUACUCGCCGUGUUUCCAGAACGCCGCGUCCACAAUUGGAGACGGCGUGAUCAGCGUGGAAUUUUUGUUCAGCGUCUUGUGCGAGUCGGACAGCGGAAUCGCCGUCCACAGACAGCUUUCGCGGAACCUGGUGGUGGACAGGACGACAGAGCCGUCGCCGGAUCGGAUCAGUUUGCGGAUCGACUUGUUAUGGCCCGUCAGUUUGUGCUGCAGCUCGCCGAUCGUCACAGUUGUCGAUCGUGAGGUUGGAAUCUCCAACUCUUCGAACUGCAGCAGCGACUCAAACGUGAACCCCACGUGACGAAUCGAGUUUUUAAACAGAUCGU